UAACCCACUUCCACUCCCCGCUAAUUGGUUUGGGGUGGCACUUAAUAUGGCGGACCCUCCACCUGAACGAAGUGGAAGUGGUUAAGGAGAGGGUGUAAGAGAUGUUUUGGAAUUGGGCCUAAGUUAACUUGUUAACUUCAUUAAGGGGUGCCAUGAAUAUAAGAAAGGGGGACAAUGGAACAUUUUAGGAUUAUUUUUUUCUCUACCUUCGAUUAAACCAAAUAAUCAACUCACCAUGGAUCCAGAACUGUAGAUCCAUCCUUCUGAUUCAGGAGAUGAUCUGUUUGGAAGUGAUUGUUCUCAUAAACAUAAUUGUUGCAACAUCCUGCUGCACACUAUCAGUCUACAUGUCCUGCAAUGAAUCAGGACUUUAGAUGAGUCACUCCUCUGUGUGCAGCAACAUUCAGCAGAGGAGAUCUGACUAAAGCUCCACCCUCACCAGACUCACCUGAUAAACCAGACAAACCAGGAAACAGUUUGUUAUUCAUCCUCACUAAAGAGAGUCACACAGACUGAAAACCAGACGAUCAGAUUCACCUUCAGAACAAACUAACAACUUCAUCUGAGUGAGUUCAUCUACAGGAGAGAAAAGUGGAAAACUACAACACUGCUGCUUCAACCUGCUGAUGCUCCACACACUGAAGCUUCACUCAGGGACAACAUGGCUUCCAGAUCAGAGGAGGAUCUCUGCUGUCCGGUCUGUCAUGACGUCUUUAGAGAUCCUGUUCUUCUGUCAUGUAGCCACAGCUUCUGUAAAGACUGUCUGAAGAGCUGGUGGAGAGAGAAACAAACAUGCGAGUGUCCAGUUUGUAAGAGAAGAUCUUCAAAGCCUGAACCACCUUCUAUGCGGGUGUUAAAGAACCUGUGUGAGGCCUUCUUACAGAAGAGAGAUCAGAGAGCUUCAGAGGCUCUCUGCAGUCUGCACUCUGAGAAACUCAAACUCUUCUGUCUGGACCAUCAGCAGCCAGUGUGUGUCGUCUGCAGAGAUUCAAACAAACACACCAACCACAGAUUCAGACCCAUCGAUGAAGCUGCACGACAACACAAGAAGGAACUUCAGGAAACUCUGGAGCCCUUAAAGGAGAAGUUAAAGGUUUUUGAACAAGUUAAAGUGAAGUCUGAUCAAACAGCAGAACACAUGAAGGUCCAGGCCCGGAGCACAGAGAGGAAGAUUAAGGAGCAGUUUAAGAAGCUUCACCAGUUUCUAGAAGAGGAAGAGGAGGCCAGGAUCUCUGCUCUGAGGGAGGAAGAGGAGCAGAAGAGUCAGAUGAUGAAGGAGAAGAUGGAGGCUCUGAGCAGAGAGAUAGCAGCUCUUUCAGACACACUCAGAGCCACAGAGGAGGAGCUGAGAGCUGAAGACCUCUCAUUCCUGCACAACUACAAGGCUGCAGUGGAAAGAGUCCAGCAGCGCCCCCUGCUGGAAGAUCCACAGCUGCUCUCAGGAGCUCUGAUAGACGAGGCCAAACACCUGGGCAACCUGACCUUCAACAUCUGGAACAAGAUGAAGGAGGUGGUCUCCUACACUCCUCUGAUUCUGGAUCCAAACACUGCUUAUCCAUCAUUCAUCCUGUCUGAAGAUCUGACCAGUGUGAGAGGAGGAGAGGAACAGCAGCUUCCUGAUAAUCCAGAGAGGUUUGAUGAAUACAUCUCUGUCCUGGGCUCUGAGGGCUUUAACUCUGGGACUCGCAGCUGGGAUGUCGAGGUUGGAGACAGUACAUUCUGGUCUCUGGGUGUGUUAGCAGAGUCUGUCCAGAGGAAGGGAUUCAUACAGUCUGGAUUAUGGAUAAUAGAGUUCUAUGAAGGUAAAUACUCAGCAUGGUCACCACCAGAUCCACCCACUGAUCUCAGAUUCCGAAAGAAGCUCCAGAGGAUCAGAGUGAAUCUGGACUGGAACAGAGGAAAGCUGUCGUUCUCUGAUCCUGAUACUAACACACACAUACACACCUUCACACACACUUUCACUGAGAAGCUGUUUCCAUACAUAUUCACUGGUGAUAAACUGAAUAUAUUACCAUUGAAGGUUUGUGUGACAGUGGAACAGAGCAGUUAAAGAUAAAGAGCAUGAUCAUAUUUAUAUUAAUGAUGUUUAUUUCUUAAGGGGGAAACUCUCUGAAUUUAAGCUGCACCUGUCCUCCUGCUGACUCAUUAUUCCAAAGAUAUGUAUAUUUUUGUUUCAGGUAUUGUUUUAUUAUGUUUUUAUUUUAUUUCUAUUAACAAUCUGCUUUUUGUUUCUGUUGUCGACCUUUAUUAAAUUACAUUACAUUCAUUUAGCUGACACUUUUAUCCAAAGUGACUUACAAUAAGUGCAUUCAACCAUAUGGAUACAACCCAAAAAUUUCAAUAAUUAUACAAUUACAUCAUCUUAAUUAAAUAUGCUAAACUGCUUCAAGUGCUACAUUUAGAAACAAUAAGAGAGAAAGAAAGAGGGUUUUGUUUUUGUAAAAUAAUUUCACUCAGUAUCUCUGAUCUUUCUGUUUGGUUCGUUUACACUUUUCUUUUUUUAUUGAUACUGUGUCAUUUUACUGUAAAUUGUUGUUCAUUUUGAUUAUUUUGACUUGUGUGUGUGGAGCCAUGAAGACCAGCAAAGACUUUGUAGAAGUUGAUGAGAUCCAAAUAAAGAAAAAAUAAUCAGUUUAUCAAUAA